CGACAGCGACUACAUCGACCCGAGAGACAAGGACCGCGCUGUGAAAAACGUCGUCUCUGGCAGAUGUGUACGACUACUAUACGAGUGCCACUGACACCGCACACGGGACGACUGGUGCCAUGACUCUAUCGGUAAAUUUGACGGAGGGGAGCGUCGCCUGUGCUUCGUAUUACAACGUGAAUAGUCAAAUGUACAAAACAUAUUGAAAUCCAUCGCAUUAAAACAGUUUUCACCAAAAAAGUACUGUCGCAGGACGGGAAGACGCUGCCAGAAAGGACAACGGUCAUUUCCUUCCUUUAAGCAUGGCCUUGGAUAAAAAGAAGCGCGAAAAUAAACGAUUUGGGGACAAGAGGAUUACGCUGAAUAUUGGUGGGCAUAGGCAUGAAACAUGGCUGAGUACCCUGAAAACCAUUCCUGGAAGUCGUCUGUAUCAUUUGGCCAAUAUGCAAGAAGCAGAUGAGAGUUACGACCCGGUGAAUAAAGAAUAUUUUUUCGAUCGUCAUCCAAUUGCGUUUGCCACCAUACUUCAAUACUACCGUGUUGGAGAGCUCCACAUGGAUCAGACCUUGUGCGGGAAUGUGAUGGAUGAUGAACUAGACUACUGGGGACUCAAUGAGACAGACAUUGAGACAUGCUGCUGGAGCCAUUACUAUUCUUACCGAGAACAUAAGAACACACUGGACGCACUGGACGAAAAUUUUGGUCCGAAUGAUGUGUGUCCAGAACACUUCUCUCCCAUGAGGCGAAUGUUGUGGCAGUUUCUGGAAGAUCCACAGUCUUCGAGAGCAGCAAAGGCAUAUGCUGUCAUUUCUAUGGCGUUUGUCGGCAUCUCCAUUCUCGUGUUCGUUCUGGAAACUCACCCGUUUUUCCAGCAGCCUUCAACCUCUAAUUCAACUUCAUUGCUGGUAGAUUAUACACAGUGCGUAUGCCUUGAAGAACCAAAGUUUGUAGAAGGCGUUCCUUUACAAGUCAUGACGAUCAUCGAUUAUGUAUGUGUGGGUUUCUUUACCAUUGAGCUGUUGGCAAGAUUUCUUGUCGCUCCGUCCAAAUUGGCUUUCUGGAAAGAGGUUUUAAAUCUGAUCGACUUGAUCUGUUUGAUUCCCAACUACAUCGAUAUCAUCAGAGAGAUCGUUGAGCCAGGGUCGACAAAUUCUGCUUUGAAAUUCUUGGUGGUGUUCAGAAUCAUACGCAUAUUGCGUGUAUUCAAACUUAUGAAACAUUACGGCGCUUUCAAAAUAUUGGUGUACACCAUUAAGGUCAGCGCGAAGGAGUUACUGCUGAUGGUGAUAUUUUUGUUCACCGGUGUUUUGAUAUUUGCAAGUAUCAUCUAUUAUGCAGAACCGUCGAACUUUAAGAACAUUCCUAUUGGGUUCUGGUGGGCUUUAGUGACAAUGACAACAGUAGGAUAUGGAGACAAGUUUCCCAAAGAAGCGCUCGGCUACUUCAUUGGGUGUGCUUGUGUGCUAUGUGGCGUUCUUACGAUUGCUUUCACCGUGCCUAUCGUCGUUAACAACUUCAGUCUGUAUUACUCGCACGCACAAUCCCGCCUGCAGAUGCCGCAGGCGAAGAAGAAAAAGGCAUGGUGUUCCGUCGAUCCUGUUGAUCACACUGUUGAAUUUGAACCGGACAGCAAACCGGAAUUUAGGAACAACUUGAACAUUUAUGCCAACAAGGUCCCUGCCGCUGGAAAAGAAAUAAAUUUCGAGGAGUCGAGAUCGCGGCGGCCGUCUGGUCGCACUUCAACUGCCGCCCUAAAGAGUACGGAGAGUUUGACCGACAACACGGCAAUACUGCAAGAUCUACAAGAAGAAUUGUCCGAUGAAGCGUCGUCAUCGUCAGCUGUACCAGUCACAGACAAGGUCGAAGUUGAGACCCACAAGCUUAUGUCAGGACUGAAAAAUGUGAGUCAACGACUAAUGGACGAGCGCAGACGACAGGUGGAUCUCAUUCAUAAAAGGCGGGAAGAACGAAAACAGCAACGCAAUGAGGAAAAAGUUGUGAUCACCGAUGAACAGAACCAGUCAAGUCCGCGAGACAACUCCACAGAGGAAAAGGAAUAAAGAAAAAAAUGUUAUUCCAACAGAUACAGGAAAUGAUCAAAUCUGUGGACCCCUGUGUGCUCUAUUUGUUGAUACCACCUGCAUUUUUUAUCGAUGGAAAGUUGAAUUAAGGACGAAUUUCGCAAAGAUGGACAAAAAACCUGAUUUUGAUCAGUUGCUCAGGGUGUGAUAGAGCAUUUAUUUUUUUGGACAAAAAUAGACUUGUUUUGUUAUUCAAAGGUGAUCUUAUCGCCUUAUUAUAACUUUGUUUUACUUUGUGUUGUGAGGUAACAGUUUAUGGAUUUUUGCCAGCUCGUAGAUAUGGUUAUUGGAGCAGAGAUAAAGUUGCCAGCGUCAUUUAUAUGUUCAAAACUCGUGUUCUUUAUAAUAAAGUAAAGGAAAGGGAGAUGGUAACCAAAAAUGAAAAGAAAACUUGCAAAUAAAUGCAAUAGACAGUACUCAAGGUAUUCAUAUGUACAGAGGACUUCAAGUCUAAUUAUUAGAGUAUAACCUGUAUAUGCUUAUUUUUAUCUCCUCUAUCUCGAGUGGUAUGAGGUCCAAUAGCGGCAUUGGUGACAAAACACAAUGUAGUCAAUUUAGGCCGCUUUUUUCAAUUGCAAAUGAAUUAUUGUGAAUUUACUAUAAAUAAAUGUCCAAGUAAUCAAGAUGGUAAUCCAAAUGAUUGAUGAGAGCACUUAAUCCAAGAUUUUUAUGAUAAUCAGUUGCUCAUAAACCAAUUUUGUGUAGUUCCAAGGAGACCGAACCAACCGAUUGCUUUUGUCAAAAUUCAGACUUCAGCCUAGUUGUAAUUUAUCGAAUGUUAUUUCAUAUCUUCAUAUAAAAGUUUAUUCUUAGAUUCUUAUAUUCGAUGUGAAACUUGAAUUCAAUAUCAGUGCAGUCCGUCCAAAAGUGUAAAUACAGAAUUUAUUGAUGUAUAGGAGCAUCCGCCCACUUUCACUUUAUCUAUUUUGAUAACCUUAAUUUUAUAAAUAAGAUAUCAGACGUUAAUUAGAAAACUCUGUGUUCUAAGCCUUUAUUCCGUCCUGGUGCGUUGAUUUCAACUCCUGAUCAGGUCUAUAAACAGCCUCUUCGUUGUUGUUCAGUGUAAGAAAUAACACAAUCCGUCCACUCUUAAUUACUCGUU